GACCUCACACUGUCAAGAAAAGCGCCGCAUUGAGCUUUCGGGAGCUUUUCACGGCCGCGACGAAUUCUCCUUUACGAUACCGGUUCAGUAGCUCGUGGUGAAACAACGGCUGUUAUAAUAUUACUUUUAUAAAAGAUUAUUUUGCCAAAAUUUACAAUAUAUUAUUUAGACACAAUAAAUAAAUUUUGUUAUAAAUAAUGUACACACCGAAUACACGUGACAACAAAAAAUAAAAAUCACUUUAAUUACGAAUUCAAUCUGUUUAAAAUUUAAACAAGAUGUCUCUGUCGAAGCAACCUUCGGAUCAUAUAAAGAGGCCCAUGAACGCAUUCAUGGUGUGGUCCAGGGGUCAAAGAAGGAAGAUGGCGCAGGACAACCCGAAGAUGCACAACUCAGAGAUAUCCAAGAGACUUGGAGCCGAGUGGAAGUUGCUCACUGAGAUGGAGAAGAGACCGUUCAUCGAUGAGGCGAAAAGACUCAGAGCCCUUCACAUGAAAGAACAUCCCGAUUAUAAAUAUCGGCCGCGGCGGAAACCGAAGGCGUUGAUCAAGAAGGAGCCCAAGUUCGGUUUCAACAUCAGCGGUCUGAUGGCACCAGUUCCCCGUCUGAUGACGCCCUCUAUGCCGCAACCAGUACCACAGAUGCCUGUACCACAUCACUUGCUGCAGGACAAACCUGACUUGGGACGGACGCUCUUCCCACCCAUACCGUACCCAUUUUACCCCUUCGCCAAGAUUCCCUCCGACGAUGGAAAGUUAGCCGCAGAAUUAGCGCAUCUACAGACGUAUUUUUAUUCGCAGGCCCUGUACGGCGGCGCGCUGUACAGCUCGGCGUUAUACAACAGCGCCCUGUCUCCUUGCGGCUGCCCUCCUCGCCGGUCUCCGUCCCCCCCGCCGGACGUGAAGCGCCCGGUGGCUUACGUUCUGAUGAAGAGUGACGAGGAGCCUCCGCAGCAUGUUAUAUGAAGGCCGGUGCCGCUCCCCGCGAGGCCCUACUCGCACUGGGAGCAGCCUUCCACGUCCAACGACCGUGACAGUACUCCGGACAGCGUGUAAUGCCUGACAUCCGUGGAUACGAAGGCUCGAGUUCUUGUGAUGGAAUGUGCAAUAGUGAAGUAGUGAGGUUCUAUAUCAGUUUGGACGGUUCAAAAAAGUCUGGAACAUUUGAUGCGGGAAAGAUUAUGCGGGAAAAACAAUGUUAUUUAUAAUAGUAUUCUAUAUAAUACGCGAGAAUUAUUACGGACUAUAAAUAUUGAAAGAAUAUUUUCCCGUCUAAUUGUUUAUGACGUUGGUGUAGUCUAGAAUCUAGAUAAUGAAAUGUAAAUAAAGGUUAUUCGUCGAUUCAAAAGCGUAUUUCUUAUCAUUUUUGACGCUAGAUUUAUGUUUUAUAUUAUUUUUCACAUAUAGUUGUAAACAUUAUUCAUGAUGUGACGAAUUUGAUUACGUUCGUCUUCCUCCCUCAGUACCCUUUGAGUUCGAUCUAUGUUAAAUGAAGGAAUAUCAAUGUGCAAUUUAUAUAAACUAGUGCAAUGUAAAUAAUUUAAUUAAAAAGCUCGAAUAGAUAACAUAUCAUAGUGAUAUUACGUAAUAGUAUAAAAUGUAGAUUGUACUUAAUGUAUAGUUUAGGAACUAUAUUAUAUAUGUUUUUUGUUUGAGAACUGUUCAUCGCUUCUACUUUUAAUAUAGUUUUAUAAAAAUCAAAACAAUCUAAAAGGCGUUGACAAGUAACUAAAGAUCAAAGCUCGAGAGCAAAAUAUAUGACAACUAUUAUACAAAUGAAUUUAUUUACUUUAGUGAGGUCAUUAAUAUUAUAUUUAAAAAAAAAAUCUAAAUUUUAUUUCUAACUCGUCGUCCUCUGUAUAGAAUUAGUUAUUUUGUUUUACCAUGCAUGUACAUAAUAAGGCGGGAUUUAUAUUAUUUUGAUCACAUAUAGAGGGAUUUAUUUUUCAUCGUUAUAUGCGUACCUUGUUGUACAUAGCUAGUGUAAGCAAUCGUGGGUUUCGUUGGAGAGAUUGUCUUUUGUUUUUGCUGUUGUUAGACACGUUGUUGUUUCAGAUGUACCUACCAAUUAUUUGAAUGUUCUGUAUUAAUAUCGAAUAUGUAAAUUAAGUUUUUUUUUAUUAUUAUUAUUAUUAUGAUUUUGUAUCAGGU